UGCUUGUGCACCAGGACCACCAAGCUAUUCCGCAAAAUUACUAUCAUCGAUCGACUCAGAAUCCGCAGAUUCCCUCGGUACGGCAGCUACUAAAUCGAGGGCUCGCCGAGGAUCCGCGUAUCAAAUCGCCGGUAAAAAGCCAAGUCAAACACAGUCCUUGCUCUACUGAACCAUCUACCAAUCCCCCAGGAUCACACGCCAAUUCCUUCUCAGAGCUAUGCGAAAGCGUCCGGGGAAUUCGUCGGCAAAAUCGACGAGCCAACCACCGAACAGGGACGGCGAUGGUGACGCUCCGUCCGCUUCCGGUGACGGCGGUGGAGUCCCGAUCGACGCUAUGCUCGGGGCUAGAAGGUCCGGAUUCGUGUGGCUGGUCUUGUUCGGUUUGUUGAUGUACUCGUCUUGGGCGGUGUACGAGUACCAGUACGAGAGCUUGCCUCCGCCUCUGACGGCGGCGCAGGCCGGGAAAAGAGGCUUCUCCGAGGUGGAAGCUAUGAAGCACGUUCGGGCCUUGACUCAACUUGGACCUCACCCUGUUGCUUCUGAUGCGCUUGAUCGUGCUCUCCAGUAUGUUAUGGCAGUGGCAGAAGCAAUCAAGAAAAGUGCUCACUGGGAGGUUGCCGUGGAAGUGGACCUUUUCCAUUCAAAAUCAGGAGCAAAUAGCUUGGCCAGUGGCCUCUUUGUGGGGAAAACACUUGUUUAUUCAGAUCUUAAUCACGUUGUAUUACGAAUCUUGCCAAAAUAUUCAUCUGAAGUUGAAGAUGCUAUUCUCGUCUCCUCUCACAUUGACACUGUAUUCUCAGCAGAAGGUGCUGGAGAUUGCAGUUCAUGUGUAGCUGUGAUGUUAGAACUCGCCCGGGGGAUUUCUCAGUGGGCCCAUGGAUUCAAGAAUGCAGUCAUAUUCUUGUUCAACACAGGCGAGGAAGAAGGUCUCAGUGGUGCGCACAGCUUUAUAACUCAGCACCCCUGGAAUACUACUAUUAGGAUGGCUAUUGAUUUGGAGGCCAUGGGCAUUGGAGGAAAGUCUAGCAUAUUUCAGGCUGGGCCUCAUCCUUGGGCAAUUGAAAAAUUUGCAUCAGCAGCUAAAUACCCUUCUGCCAACAUUAUAGCACAGGAUCUUUUUGCUUCUGGAUUUAUUAAAUCUGCUACAGAUUUCCAAGUAUACAAGGAGGUUGCUGGGCUAUCAGGGCUCGACUUUGCCUACACUGAUAACAAUGCUGUGUAUCACACUAAGAAUGACAAAUUAGAGCUUUUGAAGAGUGGAUCACUUCAGCAUCUUGGAGACAACAUGCUGGCUUUUCUGAUCCAGGCUGCUUCAUCCUCUGAUAUUCAGACGAAUAAAGCAAAUACAGAAGAUGGAAACACCAUCCACGAAAGUGCCGUAUUCUUUGACAUAUUGGGUACCUAUAUGGUUGUCUAUAAGCAACGGUUCGCGAGCAUGAUGCAAAAUUCAGUCUUAAUGCAGUCACUUCUAAUAUGGUCCACUUCAUUACUUAUGGGUGGUUAUCCAGCGCUAGUUUCACUGGGCUUGUCAUGUCUUAGUGCUGUCCUUAUGUGGUCGCUCUCAAUAGGAUUCUCGCUUCUUGUCGCUUUCAUUCUACCUCAAAUAGCCUCCUCACCGGUGCCAUAUGUUGCUAAUCCAUGGCUGGUAAUUGGUUUAUUUGCUGCUCCUGCACUCCUUGGGGCACUGACUGGCCAACAUAUUGGUUAUCUAAUCCUUAGAGCGUAUCUAUCAAAUGUCCACUCCAAAACAAAGCAACAACCAUCAGCUGUUCAAGCUGUACGAGUCAAGCUAGAGUCUGAGAGGUGGCUGUUCAAAGCUGGUUUCAUUCAAUGGCUUGUUAUACUGGCUGCUGGUAACUAUUUCAGCGUUGGAUCAUCCUAUCUAGCCCUUUUCUGGCUAGUUCUCCCAGCAUUUUCAUAUCAAGUAUUUCAUGAUAUUUUUUUGAACUAUUUCUUGUACCAUGUUAUUCCAGAUGGCUUGCUUGAGGCAACUUUGACCCCAGCUCGGUUACCAAGGCCACUCAAACUUGCAACACUACUUAUGGGAUUGGCUAUACCAGUUUUGAUUUCUGCUGGGACUUUUAUUCGCUUGGCUGGUACAGUAAUUGGGAUGGUUGUUCGGUUUGAUAGGAGCCCCGGUAGCACUCCUGAGUGGUUAGCAAGCGCGAUAGUUUCUGCUUACAUUGCUGUUGUCACAUGCCUGACUCUUUUGUACAUGCUUUCAUAUGUUCAUCUUUCAGGUGCCAAAAAGUCAAUUAUCCUGGUAACGAGUUUGGUCUUCGGUAUUUCACUUGUUCUUGUAUUAUCUGGAGUCACUCCACCCUUUACCGAGAACACUGCUAGGGCUGUAAAUGUUGUGCAUGUGGUGGAUACAAUGGCAAGACAGGGCGGAAAGCAAGAUCCUAUUUCAUUUGUUUCUCUGUCUUCCGUAACUCCUGGAAAGCUGACGAAAGAGGCUGAAGAAAUUAGUGAAGGAUUUGUAUGUGGAAGAGACAAAGUUGUCGAUUUCGUCACGUUCUCGGUUAAGUAUGGUUGUGUGACAUAUGAUGAAGCCGAACACGGGUGGAGUAACUCUGAUGUUCCGGCGUUGCAUGUCGAUAGUGAUAACAAGGUGGGAGAAGAAAGAUUUACACAAGUCUCAUUUGCUGCAAAAGCCUCCACUCGCUGGUCACUUGCUGUAAAUAUGGAAGAAAUAGAAGAUUUCAUUCUCAAAGGAAACUCUGAAGAAGAAUUGGUCCCAUCAGGCAGCAAGAGCAGCACCGAUGGAUGGCAUAUCCUUCAGUUUGCAGGAGGGAAGGACUCACCAAGAGACUUCAAACUGACCCUCAUCUGGGCAAAGAAGUCCAAACAAUCAACCGAAAAUGCCAAUAAAUCGGCGGAGGAGCAGCAGCCUCUACUGAAGUUGAGAACAGAUGUUCAGCGAGUGACGCCGAUAGCUAAGAGAGUGCUGUCAAAGCUCCCACCGUGGUGUUCUCAAUUUGGCAAGUCCACUUCUCCUUACAAUCUAGCUUUCUUGACCAGCCUUCCCGUUAACUUCUAGGAUUCGUUUCUAAUUCUCCGGCCAUAGUUUCUUAGAAGAAAGGCAGUUUUGUAUUUCGCUGUAAAAUUCGAGCAACUCAACAGGAUAUUACCAGUUGGUAUGAAAUGUACGUUUGCUGGAAUUCUGUAAUCUGGGAAUCAACUUCACCUCCAUGCAUGGACAGUGAAAAUAGGAGUUUCAUUUGUAGAUCACGUAAAAGACAAAAUCGUACUUCUCUUGCUUGAUGGUGAUAGAACACCAACUUGUAGCCGCUGGAGGUUUGUUUUACAAAGGAAAAAUUCCCUAAACAAGGAGUCUUGUAGUCUACGAAAGCUCUCUGUGGUUUCAUUAAUAAUACAAGUCUUAUCGUUUCCUUAUAA